GCAUGGAUCGUCACCGCCCAUAUGCUUCUGCUUGAGCGGGCGCUUGCCAGCCCAACUGGCGGCACAUACAGUUUGCGACAUCACCGAUUUGAUGCUUCCCAGAACGAGACGGUCCUCCUGGAUGAAGCGAGCAUUGCAAAAUGUGCGCAAGCCUAUGUUGAGGACUGUGGAGCUAGUGGAGAGUGUUGCGAUCCUGGCAUGACGUGCUACGAGAAGCAUGCGAAGUGGGCAGCCUGCCUGCCCAGUUGUACACCAGGCUUUCAGCCCUGGGUUGACUGGUUCUGGCACUGGACGCCGUGGACAUGCAUGCCCAUAGUAGAUUCAAUCGCACGUGACGAGCUGGGAAUAGAGUUUCAUCAUAGCGACGCUACGCCGCUCCGUGCUUCUGCUGGCCCGCAUCGCUACCAGGUCUUUGUGAACAAGUCCAGCGAAACGGGCUCCCCGAUUUACGAUGGUAUCGAGCAAACGCGCCUGACGUUCGUCAAGUCGGCCAACGAGUGCAAAGCACUUUGCGACAACGACAGGAGGUGCGAUUGCUUUAUGUAUUCGAAUUCGACGCAACACUGCGACAAACGCCGUGCGUGUGCGCCAACAGUGCAUGACUUGAAGGAUGCUGUCGGCAAGAGUUUCUACCUCAAGGAACCGCAUGAGGAGACUUCUUCCGUCUCCUGGAAAGAGUUUCCGCACUCGAACCUGUUCUACUCGACUGGCCUGCGGAUAGAUGAUGAGGACUAUGGUGCGUCGACCCUGAAGUCCUGCAAGCGCCGCUGUGAAAUCAGCAAGUCUUGCCAAUGCUUGAGAUAUGCCAAGGUUUUUGCCAGGUGUGAACGAUAUACAGACUGCAGCAAUACGGAUUUGAUCGAAGAUGAACUUUACGAUGUGUACAUCAAGGAGUUGCCGAUGCUUCAGGAGCCCCAAGACAUAGCCUGGUGGUUCGUCUUGCGGCUGGUUGUUCUAGUGCUGCUGCUGCUGCUCUUGUGCUGUCUGCUGUUGGUCUUCUUGCGGAGGAAGAAGGAUCCGCAGCCUGAAUACGUGCCGUUGUUGCCAACUCAGACCAGGUUGGACAUGUUUGCGGACGCUGCUCUCGUCGACAGGUGGCCAGGCGGCUGCGCCGAUUGUGGCGUUGCCUGUGGCCGGCCUCCGGCCUGGGUGCCGCGAAGUGGUGCUGUUGUUGUCACGGAGGCUUGCCAAUCCAAUGUGCGCGGCAGGCCGGAUGACGGGCUGAUGCCAGGAGAUGUGCUGCUGAACAUACGCCGCAACGGACGGACUGUCAGUGCAAUCCACUGCACGGACGAUGUGAAGGAGUCGAACUGUCUCAUAAAGUGCUUUCGGCAUUGCUACAUGCAAGCAUUUGCUCAAGCAGUGGUUCUCGGCUUGAACCUAUCUGGCGGAGAGAUGCUCCGUCGGCACAGUCGCAGCUGUGCAUGGCUUUGGCUGGUGUCGCCCAUGGCGAUGCUCUGGCUGGUGUGGGCACCAGAGGGCUCGCCUCUGUCGCCGGUGGCUUUCAGCAAGCCCGACAGUGAAGAUCCAGUGGAACGGGCCAAGCGGUUGCUCCGGGAGGCCGAUGCAGUCUUCUUCGACGUGGACAGCACUGUGGUCACGACCGAGGGCAUUGACCUGAUUGGGAAAUGUUUUGGGAUAAUGAAAGAGAUCUCCGAGCUCACCCACAAAGCCAUGAAUGGGAACGUGAAGUUUCAGGAUGCCAUGGCAGAGAGGCUGCAGCUCAUGGCCGACCACGGCAUGACUCGAGACAAGCUGGAGGAGUGCAUUAAAACCGAAGGCACGCCGCAAUGGUCACCAGGCGUGCAAGAGGUCGUGAAGAUGCUUCACAAGCAAGGAACAGACGUUUAUCUCGUAUCUGGAGGCUUCCAGAAUAUGAUCAAGCCGAUUGCGCUAGAGCUGCACAUCCCACAGAAGAUGAUCUACGCGAACGAGAUACUGUUCGACGAGCAGGGUAACUAUGCCGGCUUCGACCGAUCGGCUCCUACGUCUGCCUCCGGAGGAAAGCCCAAGGUCUUGCGGAUGAUGAAGCGGAAGAAAGGCUACAAGACCAUGAUCAUGUUCGGGGAUGGCGCGACGGACCUGGAUGCUCGAUCAAAUGGUCCGGCCAGCGCUUUCAUUGGCUAUGGUGGUGUUCAGGAACGAGAGAAAGUGAAGAAGGGAGCUGACUGGUUCAUUACUAGCUUCCAAGAAGUGCUCGCCGUGCGGACCUGUCAGGUAGGUGAAAUCAUCGACCUCGAGGUCCUGCGGGUCCGAGGGGACUGGAAUUCUCGACCACUUCCCCCCGACGAAGUGCCUCUCAUCCAGGCAUCAAUGGACUCUCCCGCAGAAGUGGAGAAGGCUGCUCUGCCAACCCACAAGAAGAUGCAGCUGUCUCAUUGCGGAUGCCGUUGCGAAUGGGCUGCAGCACUUAGAUGUCCGCCCACCGUGGCCCCGAGCUCUUCGAUAGAGAGGCUCGGAGCCAUGCGUGGCAUACGCUGGACGCUGGCGCUCCUCCUGUGCGUGGAUGCUUCUGGGCAAAUUAUCAAGCCGGCAGAUUACGCAUUGGCAAGGAGUGCGAGUGCCAAGGCUGCUGAGGCUUGUGAGGAUUUCGAACCACUGAAGGACUCGGAGCGCAAGGCUGCUCGCGACUACUUAAUAGCAGCCUCGCGCGACAACUUCCUCCUCGAGGUGUUCAGGUCAGUGAAUACCACGGCCGGCGACGAUCUCGUCCAAGACAUGCUGGUCGAGGUCGCAGAUCCCGCCUUUGUCGCUCAAACAGCGGGCCCGCUGGUUGCAUCAUUCGUGUUUUUUGGAAUUUGGCUGAUUUGCUGCUGCUGGUCGGCCUGGCCAUGCUGCCGUUGUUGCCGCUGCUGUCGGCGCCGAUGGUUCUGCCCGUCGGUCUGCAAGCUGUUCUUUAUCCUUCUGCUCGGAGCCAUCGGUCUUGGCCUUGUGGUGGCAGCACUGCUGGCACUGCGAGGCUUGGAGGCGUCCACGGACGGCGUGGCACGAACGGCGUGCACUUCCGCCACGAUUGUCAACAUGACUCUGUCCGGAAGUCAGAACCCGCGAUUUCUGGGAUUGAUUCCAGUCCUCCAGCAGGUCCAAAAUAUCAUAAACGCCCUCGAAGAAGACAGCGCGUUCAUGACGGAUCUUAGAGGUGUCCUCGAUGACACGGAGAAGAUUUCAGAUGCCGUCGAGCUAGCGUCAAAGACUAUGACGAUGCUCAACGACAUGAUGCGGAACGACGCAAAUCAGUCGCCGAAACGUGCAAACGGCGACUCGCUUCGGCAUAGCUGCACCCUCUGUGUUGAGCUCUCGGACCUGCUGACGCCCGCCAUUGCUACACUUGAGAGCAGUCUGGGAACUGCCUUGGACAGAGCACGCACGGAGGUGAACAACCAGCUCACCGGUGAGAAGCUUUCGGAGCUUCAGGGUAGCAUGGAUCAGUUCACAGCGCCGCUGCAAGAGUUCACGGAGUCGAUGCAUGGACUCUUUGGGCCUUUCGUGGAGCAAGACCUGCUUCAGCAGAUUGAAGACGGGCUGCGGCUGUAUGGGCCCCUGGCAGUGUGUUUUUUUGCAGCAGUCGCUGGCUUGCUUGCGUGUUGCGGCAUGUGCUCGAUGUGCUGCUGGUGCCGUGUUCAACGCGGAGCUGUGCAGGCCAAAGCCCACCGCUGCGCAUGCUGCACAUGGUGCUGUGGAUGCUACUACAUUUGGGUUACUUUCCUGGUUGGCGGCACUCUCCUUCUGGUCUCAGUUCCUCUGGCAAGUUUCUGCUUGAUCCUCGACGACUUCAGCGGACAGACCCUGCAGGACAUGUCCGGGGCACUUGGCCUGGACAUGACAGGCCCGCAAACAAGGAUCAUGCUGAACAUGGUUGAUCAAUGCUUCCAAAGACCGGGGACGAGUUCCUCAAAUGCGGCCCUUCUGGACAUCAUCACCGUGGAGUCCAAUGGCACAACACAGACAAUGAGGCAGCAAGUGGUGGGUGGAGUCACCGACCAGAUCAGCGCACAGUUCAAUGGCCUCACGAGCGGCAACGCGCAACAGAAGAUUCGCGAAGAUGAAAAUGUCCAGAAGCUCCUGCAAACAAUCCAGAACUUCAGUAUGGAUUUCAUGAUGCUCCCGGACCUUCCCGCAGUUGCACAGGAGGACCCAUACAAGAACAUGAACUUGAAUCAAUCUUUGGCGAAGUUCUUUGCAUCCUCUGGAGCUUGCGACGACUUCGAAUGGGAUGGUCAAUCCACUUUUGGUAUCGAGUCCUUCAGCAACGCGCUCGCGCAAUUUGGUGUGCCUGAGACACCGCCGCAUGCGAGCUGCGGCCAGCUUGUGAACUGCAGCGGUGUUCCUGCAACAGACGCUCUCGCAUGCGAGGCGGCCAACAGCUUCAUGGAGCUGAAGCAGGGCUUGCGCAGCGUCCAGACCUUCAAGUGCAAAUCCUUCCGGGACGAGAGCGGCUCUGCAUGCACGCUCACCAACAUGACUCACGUGGAUGAAGGAGUGUACCGGAAUGACUGUUUCCGCAGCGACGGCACGCUCGCGGAGAUCGAGUAUGACUGCACGCUUGAAGAGUUUACACGGAUAGUGGAAAGCUAUUCGAGACAACUGGAUCUUGCCUUCGAGCGGCUUGACAACGUCACGCCGCUGGUGCUCCAAGGCAUCGCCACAGACAUGCGCCAGUUGGUGGAAGAGAACGUGAUCGACAAGAUUGUGUGGAUCGCAGAUGGUGUGACUUGCGGGUUCAUGGGCGCGACCUUCUUCACCUUCGUUGACGGCAUGUGUUUCCGAGGAGUGUGGGGCUUCUCUGCCAUUGCUGCUUCCUAUGUCGCUUGCGCAGUGCUGGCGUUAUUCCUGGUCAUCCUCUUGUACUUGGUUUGGCGCUUCGCCCUGGACACGUACGAGCUGAACAAACAGGACAAUCAGGCAGCUCGACCAUACACAGGCGUGACAGUUGAGGGCGAGCCCCUCACCAAUGCCGCCAAGGAUGAAGGCGAUGCAAUCCAGACACUGGUCUUGCAGAUGCCAAGUCUGUGUCCAAAGGCUCGUCGAAUGAAGCGUGAGGCCGGCCUCGACGAAUGGGUGACAUCUGACUCGCUGCCUUCUGUUUGGUGUUUCGAUGCACUUUGCUGUCGACUCCUGCUCCGGUGCCGGCCUUUGGCGAUUGAACUCGGGCUGGAAGGCCCCGUGCUGGAGAUUGACCGAUCUCCCGGCAUGGCAAUUCAGCCUGCUUCGGCCGACAUUAAGGCCCGGACUUCGAGGCCUCGGUCUGCAGUGGCCCCGCGAGGCCUGGCCAGGGGCAGCUGCCCGAAAAGGGCCGACAUGCCGAAGCGAUGGCGGCCACCAGCACCGACCCCACCGAAGCCACGGAUGGACAAGACUGCGUCCGAGUAUGUGGCGGAAAUGAAGGAACAGGAAGAGGCUGAGCGGCUUAAGAAAUCAGGCAGCACAAAGCUCGCACAAUUCGAGAAGGAGUACGGCGAUCCAGACAAUGCGACUGGCGCCAUCAAAACACCUGCUGAACUCAACAACGCGGCCGGACCGAUGGCGCCUCCCAAGAAGAUGAAGAAGGACAAGAAAAAGGACAAAAAGAAGGACAAAAAGAAAGACAAGAAAAAGACAAAGAAAAAGAAGAAAGAUGGCAAGAAAAGGAAAGACGACAGCAGCAGCAGUAGCAGCGGCAGCGGCAGCAGCAGCAGCAACGGAGGCAAAGCAAAAGGCAAGCUAUCGUCGAAAAAGAAGAAGGAAGCUGUGACAGCCAAGAACGGUUGGAGGAUCUCCGGUUUCCUCAAGGCCGAGUUAGCUCCACGAACGUCGCGAAGACCGCCGGAUCGCAGCCCUGCUGCACCGAAGACUUGCCGUGGAGAUGCAAAGAGGCAGCCUCCGAUCUCGCCCCGGUGGCCGCUGCCGACAAAGAUCCCAAGCCCCGCUAAGGUUUGUACUAGCCCGGCUCUGCCAGUGGCCGGAGCCUUGCAGAAGAGAUGUGCUGAUGCGGUGCACACGCUUCAUCGCUUGCGAGCACAGGACGAUGCCAUUCUGAACGAGACGAGACCACGGCCGGGCAUUCUCUGUCAGCCCCGUCGCCGGUCCGAGGACUUGGCAGCUGCAUACGUGGCUGCUGCUCGAGGCCGUGCUCCGGAAAAGGAAGAGGAUUUCUAUGCUCCUCGAGGCCCGAGGCCGGGAAAGUGGAGCUUCACCACUUUAGCAGAGGCCCGGGAUCGCUUCAAGCAACGAGUACAUGCAGUUGAGCCUCUCUGCCGCAAGACCUCUUGUCACCCCCGCAUCCUCCAAAAACACAUAUGCCAGAACAGGCAACUCUUUUCGCAAAUAGGUCAAUCACUAUCCAGGCUUGUUACUGCUAGUAGGCUUUAUUAA